GUCAUAGUUCAAACUUCAGUAGCGUGUUAUCCUCCCAAGCGGUGCGGUCUCAUCGUUUGUAAACAAUUUAAAUACACAACCGGCAUUUAACGCGCAAAACAUGGGCCUAAUCAUCAAACUAGUUCUAGUGAUUAUCACAGUCCUAACAGCUUACCAAAUCAGUAAACUGUUCGAAACCCCACCUGUUCCAAAAUUAGAAAACACUUGGUGGGGCCCCCGCGACCCCUCGAAAGAAGACACCGCGAUCAAGCCUUUCAAAAUCAAUGUCUCUGACGAGGUUCUCAAGGACCUCCAGCACCGCCUGGCCAACGCGCGCCCCUUGGUGCCCCCACUCGAGGGGGCCCAGCAGCACUACGGCAUGAACACCAAGCUCCUGGGCAAAAUCAUCGACCACUGGAGGACCAAAUACAACUGGAGGGAACGCGAGAAGUUCCUCAACCAGUAUCCCCAGUUCACGGUCAGCGUCCAAGGACUCCGACUACACUACAUCCACGUCAAACCCCCAAGUCCUGGAAACCUCAAAGUCCUCCCGCUCCUCCUCCUCCAUGGCUGGCCCGGAUCAGUCCGGGAGUUCUACGACAUUAUCCCCCUCCUAACUAAACCGGCCGAAGGCCGCAACUUCGUCUUCGAAGUCAUUGUCCCGUCACUUCCCGGUUACGGAUUCUCGGAGGCGGCAGUUCGCCCCGGUCUGGGUCCGAUUGAAAUGUCCGUGGUGUUCAAAAACUUCAUGAAACGGAUCGGUUUUGACAAAUAUUACAUCCAAGGGGGCGACUGGGGGGCGCUGAUUGUCCAGAACAUGGCCACUUUGUUCCCGGAACAUGUGCUGGGGGUUCACUCCAACAUGUGUUUCGUUAACACCCCGUUAUCCAACUUGAAACUUCUUUUGGGCAGUAUUUACCCUCCCCUAAUCGUUUCAAAGGAGAUGGAAUCGAAAAUAUAUCCGCUCUCGGCUUUCUACUCAAAUAUUUUGCUGGAAAUGGGGUACAUGCACUUGCAAGCCACCAAGCCCGACACCGUGGGGGUGGCUCUGAACGAUUCUCCGGUGGGCUUGGCGGCCUAUAUUUUGGAGAAGUUCACCACUUGGACCAACGCGGACUGGAAGGAUUUGGAAGACGGGGGUUUAACGAAAAAAUACAAGCUUGACGAUCUUUUGGACAAUGUCAUGAUCUACUGGGUUUCUAACUCGAUUACAACUUCGGUGCGUCUUUACUCCGAGGCGUUCAAUAAAGCGCAGUUGAGUCUAGGAGUGGAAAGAAUUCCGUUGAAAGUCCCCAGUGCUUGUGCAGUGUUUCGCAAUGAAAUUGCCCAUCAGCCGCCGGCAUUGUUGAGUGAAAAGUACCAUAAUCUUGUCCAUUACAGUGAAAAGUCCGAUGGUGGACAUUUUGCCGCUUUUGAAGUGCCCAAGAUAUUGGCCGAGGAUAUUUUUGUUGGGGUGGAGAAAAUGAUUGCCGCUAAUUCGCCAAAGAAAUAAUUUGUAUCACUACCUGUUUUGUUAUUUUUCUAAUAAAAAGGUGUUGUUGAAAA